AUGUCGACUCUAGAAAAGUCCACAAACAAGAAGAAAUCGUUCACCGCUCGACCACCUCGUUCGGCUGAAGAAAGAUUACCAAAGUUAUAUAGAGCUUUAACUGAUCAAGUUGAUGAUGGUUAUUUCGUGAAUGCCAUAAAGACAUGUAAGAAGAUCUUAUCACUCGAUUCAUCGUCUCAAACAGCAUUUCAAACUAUUUUGUUCCUCUAUCUGCAAACAGACGAUUAUACAUCCGCCUUAUCACUAUUAGAUAAACCACCAACCUCAGAAGGGUCAUUGGACUUUGAAAGAGCUUAUUGUCUGUACAGACUUCACAGAGAGAAAGAAGCGUUGAAUUUAAUAGAAGGUAAAGAAGGUAGGAAAGUGCAACAUCUUGAAGCUCAAAUAAGAUAUAGAUUAGGAGAAUACCAACGUGCUCAAGAGAUAUAUGAUGAUCUCCUAGCUUUGGUUGAUAGUUCAUCAUCUGAACAUGCAGACAUCCUCACCAACUCAACAGCUACCACAUCUCAUCAAACUUUCUCAACAUCAUCUUAUCGAAAUCAUCUACCUUCUACUUCUGAAGGUGACUUGGAAAAUAAUGUCCCUUCUUUACCUACAGGAUGGGCAAUUGGUUCAUUAUCAAAGACAGUAGAAAAGAAGACAGCUAAUGUCAAAGCUCCAACCGACAAGAAGAGUGCUAAUGUCAAUGCGGGUGAAAAUAAAAGAAAGCACAAGUUACCUAAAGCCGCUGUUGUUGGUAAACCCUUCACCGAAGAUCCCGAACGAUGGAUUCCACUUCGUCAGAGAACUUCUUACAUCAAUGCUCAAGCUCAAGCACAGAACAGAAAGAAAGGUGGAAAAGAAAGUAUGGGUACCGGUUUCACCCAAGGAAGUACUGCCAUCUUAACCCAGUCUUCGGCUGGAGGUGGUGGUGGCGGUGGGAAAGGAAAGAAGGGGAAGAGAAAGUAA